AUGGAGCAUGAAGUUGGACAGGUCUUCAUUCCCACCGUGGACAACGAUGAGUCUAGGAAGCAAACCCCCAGUGACUUCCUAAAGCAAAUCAUUGGACGACCAGUCGUAGUCAAAUUAAACUCUGGAGUGGAAUAUCGAGGGGUCCUGGCUUGCCUGGACGGCUACAUGAACAUCUGCCUGGAGCAGAGGGAGGAGUAUGUUAACGGCCAGCUAAAGAAUAAGAACUGUGACGCCUUCAUCCGCGGGAACAACGUUUUGUACAACAGCACACAGAAGAGAAGGAUGUGA